CCCACCAACAGCAACCGUUUUCUUGUGAGCCGCUCAAGUUUAACCGUUAAAUUGUUAAUGUCUCAAAUACAGUAAAAGCUUUUUUCUAUUUUAAAAUUGAUUAAAACUCCUUUUUAAUAAAGUUUAGAUGAUUGUUCAUUCAUGGGUUGCUUUGUGUAGUGAAAAAGUAGGAAUAUCAAGUGAUAGUUACUAAUUUUUAUGUAUUCGUAACGGAAGAUUGAGAAGAAAUAAAAUAUAGUCUAGUUGGAAGAUGGACAAGCUGAACGAUUCGGCGGACAUAUUCGCCAACAGCAGCACCGACACAGUCACUGAGAACCUGGACUUCUCGUCGUUCAUCCGCCAAGGAGGAGACAUGGUAAAAAUCAACAACAAUUGUCCAUUAAAAUUUCAGAACCACGACUAUGCUAACAUGAACCUGUCACUCGGUGCUUUGUCGCCACUGGCUGCAUCCUCCCCAUGCUUCUCAACCAACUCAAUGAACAUCAGCUUUGUCACCAACCAGUUCGUGUCAGAAGCUUGCAACGCAUCUCUGCAACUCUACUGUCCGUUCUGCUUAGAUGAGUUCAAACUUGAAUUCCUCUUGAAAGAGCACAUCAAAGGAACUCAUCCUCACGAGCUGAAGAACGUUGUACGUUUGAAAUCGGGCGAGGUGGAGUUCAAUGCAUGUCCUUUUUGUCACGCUAAAUAUUACACACGCGAUUUAUUACCGAAACACAUUGUGAGGAAGCAUCAGGAGUCUGCACUGGCUAUGUUUCCCGAAACAAACCCAGAUAAAUUCGCGUAUUGUCCUUUUUGUUCACAUAAAGUACUACUCCGCCACUCAAAAAUGCUGAUUCUACACAUCGAAAAGAAACACCUCACCGAGUUCCAACAGGCUGUGAAAACAAAGUGCUCCAGUGUCAUGAUGAACAGUAACGAUUUGAAAACGUUGGAUUACGACCGCAGAAAUGAGGGUGGCUGCUCAACGUUGAGCAAGAAAAUGAAAGCACUCACCACUAACGUCAGUCCUGCAACUAUGGAAUCUGCUAGGCGCAAGUCUAUAUUGAAGAAAACAACAUCUUACCCUGAAGGUUUGAAUGAGAACGAGGAGGUGAAAAGUAUGAAUAAAAAUCAGUUGAGUACUUUCAGCCUGAACAAUUCGUCGACCAUGUUGAGACGAAGCGCUAGGCGCAGGUUGAGAUUUGAACUGCCCGAUUCUUCGUCUUCAGGAAGCAGUUUCAACAAGGAGAAUUCGUCAAUGUUCAACGCUUCAAAACGCGACAAUUUCUCACCCAAGAAGGAGAAAAAGCUGAAAUGGAAGAAUCUCUUCCGGUUUGACAAGAAAAAGAAGAAGGAAACAAAGGAGUCAAAAAAGAAGCCCGAAAAAACCAAGGAGCUGAAGGCAAAGAAACAAUCAAAAUUUGUCACAUACUCCGCAGAAACGUCCGUAACUAGUCCAGGGAAAGGUAAUAAAAACAAGAAAGUACAAACCACUCCAGUAUAUUCGACAAUCAGUUGGAACAAACCUGGAGCCGCAAUUGAAACUGCCAAGUCACAGUUCAAGUGCGGCCUAUGCUAUGAAACAUUCACCAAAAAUGCCCAGCUCUUAGAGCACAUUCGCAAGUCUCACAAGGGUCUCAAACUUGUUCCGCAAUACCUAUGUGGACAUUGUGAUGCUAAGUUUUAUCGUAACACUUUUCUUGUCCGCCACUGUUGGUAUCAUCACACUCCUCACUGUCUCAAAACAGGCACGCCCGAUACUUAGUUCAAACAUUCAUCAAGACCAAUAAUAAACUUGACAAAGUUUAUAAAAAAUGUCUUAGACAUAAAUGAUAUUAUUCAAGCCCAUCACUAACAAGCUAUAUUCUAACAUCACUCGCUAAGCUAGUAUAUAACCAUCACAUUCAAUUUUUUUACACUAUUCGUACUGUAAUUAGUAAUUUAUUUACCGCAUCGUUAUUGUGAUGUAACUUUACUUAUUAGCCAGCUACUUAUUUAAUGUAAUACUUGAAAUAAUCCGUUAAGGCUGUGCAAAGGGUUAAAAAUAAACUUUCUACUGGUGA